GGGUCGCAUAGCAUGCUUCGUUGCUGGAUGCUCACUGAUCACCCAUCGACAACACCUGCGUUCACGACAUGGCUCCAUCGAAGAUCGACGCAGAUGCUCUCCCGCCUAACGUCGAAACUCUAUCGAAAGCUGCUCCUCUGCAGAACGGUGGCGAGCCCGAUGACUGGACACAUGGCCUCAAGUCCAUCUGGCCCGUCGCGCUUGAUCUUGCAGGUGGGAGCUUGCCUUGUCGGUUGGAGGGCGAGGUUCAGGAUCUCGUGGUUCUAGGAGAGAUACCCAAAGCGAUCGAUGGGUCAUUCUAUCGAGUCAUGGUCGACCCAUUCGUGCCUCCAGACCCCAACAACGUCCCGCUCGAUGGAGAUGGCAACAUAUCCGUAUUCCAGUUCCAUGAUGGUCGUGUCUCGAUGAAGACCAGAUACGUCGAGACGGAGAGGUACAAAUUGGAGAGGAAAGCGAACAAAGCAUUGUUCGGACUAUACCGGAAUCCGUUCACACAUCAUCCUUGUGUCCGUGCUGCCGUUGACUCCACUGCCAACACCAACUUGGUGUACUGGGGUGGCCAUUUGCUCGCGCUGAAAGAGUCUGCUCUUCCAUACGCCGUGGAUGCGCAGACUCUUGAGACUGUCUGCUACGACCCAUUCGGCCAGAUCAAAUCCAAGACCUUCACUGCUCAUCCGAAGUAUGACCCCUACAAAGACGAGCUGGUCGUCUUCGGCUACGAAGCCAAAGGCCUUGCCACGACCGAUGUUGUCACCUAUUCCAUCACACGUUCCAGGAAAAUUGUCAACGAGUUCUGGCUUCACCAGCCACAUCCAACCCCUGGAUUCAUCCAUGACUGUGCCAUAACACCGAACUGGCUCAUCCUCUUUGUCUGGCCUUUCGAGGCGUCUAUCGAACGAAUGAAGCGAGGCGGCCACCACUGGGCGUGGAGCAACGACCGCGGAAUGACAUUCAUCGUGGUCCCUCGCGACGCCGCUAAACCUGUCGCCCCAGGCUGGAAGCCAAACGAGGUCCGGUCCUACGGCUGGAAAACGGGCAUGGCAAUUCACACCGCCGCCGCUUGGGAAGAUCCAUCUACGAAGCAAAUUUUCGUCGAAAGCUCUCGGGUCCACGACAACCCUUUCCCAUUCUUUCCUCCUGACACUCCAGCUUCACAUAUGCCGGAGCCAGACACGACCGCCGAUUAUGUUCGCUGGACCAUCGACCCAACGCAGCCCGAUCGUAGCCAGCUACCAGACCCACAGGUGAUCGUAGAUGUGCCUGCGGAAUUUCCACGUAUCGACGAGCGAUUCAUGACGUCUCCUUACGACGUUGUGUGGAUGAAUGUCUUCGUCCCGCAGCAUUCCGACGGGUCAAAGAAUAUUUACCAUGGACUCAACGGGCUGGCCAUGCAUCGCCAUUCCACGAACGAGACGAAAUGGUUCUAUGCUGGAGAUGAGUCGUUGGUGCAGGAGCCGAUCUUCGUUCCAAGGACGAAGGACGCACCGGAGGGAGAUGGCUGGGUGAUAGCGUUGGUGGAGAGAACCGGAAAAGCGGCGAGAUGUGACUUGGUGGUCCUGGAUACGAGGGAGUUCGAGAAGCCUGUCGCGAUUGUGCAGUUGCCGUUCCACAUGAAGGCGCAGGUUCACGGUAACUGGAUCGAGGCGGAUACAUUGGGUGGGUACAGGUCAAUCACCAGGGAAGUGAAGGACUUUGAGAUUUCUGGCAAGGGAGCGCUUGAGCCGCUCUGA